GUUUAUCUUCCCUGCAACGCCGCUCCCCCUCCCCUCUUCCUCCUCGUUCUCGCAUUUGUGGAUGCGAAGAGCCAUCGCAAUGGUCGUUCUUCUCAGACGAGGAUGAGGGCUUGCCCCAGCGAGUCAAGGAAGAAGUGAAACCAUGUCGUACAUGCGACAACCGGCGCCCAAUGGCUAUGCCUCGCAGAACGGCUCGCAAGGCCCACCGCCCUCCCGUCGCUUCGAUCUCGAGACUAGCAGCAUCGAUACCAGCGCCGAUGAACGCUCCCGCUCUCGUCCGGGCUUCCACACCAACCACCCUUACGAUCACCGCCCAUCCCAGCCCGAUCAAGUCCAUGGGGUCUCGCGACUGAACCGCGAAAACGCGCAUAGAAGAAGCCGCGACUACGAGUGGAAUCAGAGUCGCAGCCGAAGUCGUCCGGCGAGUCGACCGGGCGCCGCCUCCCGCUAUGGACCAAGCGGUGGCGGUGCGCAGGUGGAAGACGUGCUGCGGUAUAUCGAGAGUCGCUGGGCUUUCAUGGCUACCCCCUCCUGCAUCCCCGUCAAAGUCGCGCUGCAGCUCAAAGACUCCUCCUCCCUCGGCCUGGCGAACGACAUGGACCAGUUCCACUCUGCGCAUGCGCAGCUUGAAAACGCAUUGAAGACGAUUGUGAACGAGCAUCACCAGGCAUUCAAUAGCAGUAUCGGCACCUUUCACAAAAUCCAGCAAGCUAUUCAUACUUCUCAGCAACGUGUCCGAACGUUGCGUGGAGGAUUGACCCAAGCAAAGGCGAAUCUUGCAGCAAGCCGGCACGCUCCUGAGCUCAAAGUGUUGAUGGACAGUAGUGCAUCCUACGACCGCAUGCUGGAGGCGAUCAGUACCAUUGAAAAGCUGCAAGUCGUGCCAGACCAGCUAGAGGCACAGCUACGAGAGAAGAGGUAUCUUGGGGCGGUGGAGAACCUCCUGGAAGCAUUGAAAUUGGUCAGAAAGGCCGAGUUGGACGACAUUGGCGCUUUGGGGGAGAUGAGGGUGAGACUGAGCAAUCAAGAGCAGAUACUCACAGACAUGCUGGUCGAAGAGCUGCACAACCAUCUCUAUCUCAAAAGCCCUUAUUGCGAGGAGCGGUGGAAGAGUCACUACACCGCUAGAAACCUGUCUGCACUGGCAACUCCCGGCAUCGCAGACGAAGAUCGAGCGCUGCACAGCUUUCUUGCCAGCUAUAACGGGACGGAACCGAUGCAAGAAGAACCGACUCGCAACGCAGAGGCCGACUCGUUCUACUUCAUCCAACUUCUCGUCGAGUCCUUGCACAAGAUGUCUAAAUUAGAUGUGGCGGCGGAUAGAAUCGAAGAGAGAUUACCGAUCGAGUUUCACCGACUGCUCGAGCGCACCCUGGGCGAAGUUGAACAGCGCCAUCCUGCAAUGGCUCUCAAAGGCUCUCACAGACGGCAGACCCCUGGCUCAGACAUUGACCCGGAGCGUAGAGCCGUGCUUGAAGACCUGCUUCACACCCUCUUUGCCAAGUUUGAGGCAAUCGCGGAAGCGCACCGAGUUUUGCACGAAGUCACGGCGGCGGUUCUCAAACGAGAUGCUGUCGCGAGCGACGAAGCAGGUGCGUUGAAUCGAAGCUUCCGCGAGCUGUGGAAGUUGCUGCAAAGCGAGAUGCGCUCGUUGUUGCACGACCAUCUUGCCACAGAUGCAGGCGAUCCAACGAGAGCUGGUGGACGUCGAGAGAAAGAUACCAUGACUGUGGGCAACAUGUUCAACUCCCAGCCGCGAGACCGCAGUGUCAAGCUCUUCAGACUCGCAGAUACUCGAGAAGCGAAUCAAGACUUGGCCACGGAGCGAGAAGAUCUGGAGGGCAUCUUAAGAUCCUCCGUACCUGGCUUGGUGAAUUCCUCCAAGGACGCGUCGGCCAAGACUGUCGAUGUUAACGGUGAUCUGGCCCUGAGAGACCGUGCGACUGCCAGUGCAGCAGGCCACAAACUCCUCGUCGACCCCAGUGUGUUUAACAUGGGUAUCCUCCUUCCGCCUGCCAUCGCCUUUCUCAACAAUUUGAAGGCGAUCGUGCCACCGGGCACCGGCACGGGAACGCUAACAUCAUUCAUGGACGACUUCCUCCUCAACAUCUUCUACCCACAGCUCGAUGAAACGCUGCUUGAGCUGUCGUCACGAUGUAUUAACGAUCUUGAUACCUUUCAGCCGGACCCGGCGUGGCAGUCGAAAGCUUCCAGGCCGAUCUUCAAGGGGGCGGCGAGAUUUUACGACCUGCUGGAGCGAUUCUGUGGACUAUUGGCUGUGCUUCCCCAUGAGCGAAGCUUUGUUGAGCUAGUCAUAGCCCAGAUGAGAGCUUACUAUGACCGAUGUUACUCGUGGAGUAAAGGACUCUUGCAACGAGUGGACAUGAGCUACCAGCUCGACUACGAGCAAGGGGGUGGCGUUUCGGGAGCAGAACCGGGGGCUGCAUCGAAGAUGAGGAUGGCCGCCGAGCUUGCGACGCAAGGGGAAGUGUGCGAAAUCGUGCUGGAUUUGCUUAAGCUGGGCGGCGGCACGCAGAGGGAGCAAGACGAGUUGGCGCAAAAGGAGGCGGACCUGCUGCUGCGGCUGGCUAAGAGGCGUGAGCUAGAGGACGCGGACCUCAUCCACGAUCGCAAGACGCUUACUGCCCUCUGCACGCUUCAUGUGAGCCUAAAGUGGCUCGCGAGCAAGUGCAAACGACUACGGUUCCUGUCUCCGUGGUCGGUCGACACGGCCAAUACGCAAGCGCAUAGAAACCGCCGAUGGACUGCUUACACUCAGGACCUGCACUCCGACGGCGUGCCCGGCGGUACCUACCUCCCUCUUGAUGACCAAACGGCCGAACAGUUCGACGCCGUCCUCAUAUCAUUCACUGAACUCAGCACGCUCGUGCUCAGGACGCUGCACGUUGAUCUCCGUUUGCACCUCCUGCACGGCGUCUACAAGGCCACAGACACGACCUACCUCCUCAAUCAGCCCUACAACGACCCGGACCCGAACAUCUCCGAGUUGGCGGAGAGCAUAAGCACCUACUGUGCGCAGCUUCAGACGCAUCUUCUGGAGCCGCAGUAUGGUUUCUUGACGGCCCAUCUGGCCACGCUGGUCAACACUGCACUCAUCGGGCUCGUCGGCAGUAUUCCCGCCAUGGAUGCAUUCGGCAACCAACGCAUGGCGCUGAACAUUCUCGUCCUCUCGCAGAUCCUCAAGCAACUUCAACCCCCUCUAUCCACAUCGACCACGUCUACCUUGCCUGGCGACCUUACGCGCGCCGCUCGCUUCUACGAGCUCGCAUCGCUCGGGCCACAGUCUGUUGUCGAGCAGGGGCCGGACGAGAAUUUUGCGCGCGAAGACUUGAAAGCGCUUUGUCGAUUGUGCUGGAAUGAAGCGAGAGAUUCGCCGAGUCUGGGCGAUAUGGAGAAGUACGUGAUGAAGCUUGGGGGGUGGCCGAGGAGGCAGCAGAGCUUGAGUCGGAAGGCUAGUCGACCGCGUCUGGGGAACAAGUCGAGUUCGUGAAAAGAGAGUGGUGAAGUUGAGUUU